AUGUUUUAUAGUGGUUUCUCUAUAGACAGACUAUCAGAAUUAGUCCCCCUUAACGGCAAUCCAUUGGCAAAGCAUAGAGGCAUUACAGGCCGGAUUAUCUUGGCCUAUCAGGGCAUCUUUAUGCGUAUUUACAAACAGUAUCCUAAACUUGCGUCAAUGCCUAUUACAGAUAAAGCUAUCGCGGCCUUGAUUGAAGCCGCACAAGAGGUUUGGAAUGACCUUGAAGCUGAAGUGCUCGAAAACCUGAUAAAUUCGAUGCCGAAACGCCUCACUGCACUUCAUCAGGCAAAAGGCUACUACACCAAAUAUUGA